CUCCUCGGCCGCAUCUACUACACCGACCCAAACUCCCCCAAACCAGGCUCCCUCCUGCCCAACGUCACCGCCGUCGUCAACGGAGUCGCCCUCUGCGGCACCCUCGUCAGGGAGCUCUUCUUCGGCUGGCUCGACGACAAGCUCGGCCACAAGAAGGUCUACGGCAUGACCCUCGCCAUCAUGGUCUUCUCCUCCAUCGCCUCGGGCCUCUCCUUCGCCCGCAACCCCGCGGGUGUCAUCGCCACGCUCUGCUUCUUCUGCUUCUGGCUAGGGUUCGGCAUCGGCGACGACUACCCUCUCUCCGCCACCAUCAUGUCCGAGUACGCCAACAAAAAAACGCGCCGCAUUCAUCGCUGCAGUAUUCGCAAUGCAAGGAUUCGGCAUCCUGUGAGGGGGAAUCGUCGCCCUGAUCGUCUCCACCGCGUUCGAUCACGCGCUCAACACGCCACCGUACUCCGCCAACAGAGUAGCGUCGCUUCCCCCGCAGGUCGACUACGUCUGGCGGAUAAUUCUCAUGGUCAGAGCCAUCCCGGCCGCGCUGACCUACUACUAGCGGAUGAAGAUGCCCGAAACCGCCCGCUACAUGGCGCUGGUGGCCAACAACGAGAAGCAGGCGAGGGAGGACAUGGCCAAAGUGUUGGCCGACGUCAAGCAGCUGGAGGAGGUCAAGGUCGAGAAAGUCAGAGUCAUCACCGUGGUUUCCGGCGACAAAUUCGGGUUGUUUACCCGCGAAUUCCUCAAGCGCCAUGGGCUUCACUUAUUGGCGACGACGUCCACGUGGUUCCUCCUCGACAUUGCCUACUACAGCCAGAAUUUGUUCCAGAAGGACACCUUCACCGCCAUCCACUGGAUCCCGCCGGCGGCAACAAUGAACGCGAUCCACGAGGUUUUCAAGGUGGCGCGUGCACAGACGAUCAUCGCGCUGUGCGGGACGGUACCGGGGUAAUAGAGGAUGUUACAAACCGAACAGAAAAAUAG